AUGCCUAACAUAAUCUAUUGCUUGUUGCAGGAUGGUGACGUGAUAGAGCUUUGUCAAGUCAGCGACGUGAGAUCCGGUGGUGUGCCGAAGGACUCCAAGCUUAGCAUGAACCUGGUGAACAAACAUGGCGAAAACUUAGAGGAGAAGUCGCUCACCAUCUGUAGUGGAACGGAUUACAUUAACAUCAACUAUCAACACGUGGUGUGUCCUGACGCCGCCACUGCUAAGGUAUGGUUGCAAGAACUAAGGCGGAUCACCCACAAUGUGAAAGCGAACAACGUUUGUCCAAUGACUUGUCUUAAGAAGCAUUGGAUGCGCCUCUCUUUCCUCACGGACCCUCGAGGAAAGGUGCCAGUCAAAGUUGUGGCCAGAACAUUUGCGUCAGGCAAAACUGAGAAGCUGGUCUACCAGUGUUUAUCAGAGUUGGGACUGCCAUCAGGCAAGAAUGAAGCAAUGGAAAAGGAGGCGUUCACCUUCGACAAAUUCUACGCUCUGUACCAUAAGAUCUGUCCAAGGAAUGAUAUUGAAGAGCUGUUUCGGUCUAUAACUCAAGGGAAAUCAGACCGCAUCAACUUGGAGCAGUUCGUGAAUUUCCUGAACGAAAAACAGCGUGAUCCUCGACUCAACGAGAUUCUGUACCCGCUGUACGACGAGAAGAGAGCAGCUGAGAUCAUCAACACUUACGAACAGAACGAGGAAGCUAAGACUGACAAAUGCCUCACUAAGGACGGGCUGAUUCGCUAUCUCAUGUCGGAUGAGAACGCUCCAGUAUUCCUGGACCGGUUGGACAACUAUAUGGACAUGGACCAGCCCCUAGCCCAUUACUACAUUAACUCAUCACACAACACUUAUCUGUCUGGAAGACAGUUCGGUGGCAAGAGUUCUGUGGAGAUGUAUCGCCAGGUCCUUCUGGCCGGGUGCAGAUGCGUAGAGCUCGACUGCUGGGAUGGCAAAGGUGAAGACGAAGAGCCAAUCAUCACCCACGGCAUGGCAAUGUGUACUGACAUUCUCUUCAAAGACGUCAUCUACGCUCUGAGAGACACUGCCUUCGUGACGUCAGACUACCCUGUGAUUCUCUCGUUCGAGAACCAUUGCUGCAAGGCUCAGCAGUACAAGCUGGCGAAGUACUGUGACGAGAUCCUAGGAGAUCUGCUUCUGAAGGAACCAUUGCCUGAGCACCCUCUGGAACCAGGAGUACCCCUGCCACCGCCCUCAUCACUCAAGCGAAAAAUUCUCAUUAAGAAUAAGCGCUUAAAGCCAGAGGUGGAGAAGCAGGAGUUGGAACUGUUCCGUCAAGGGCAGUUUGUUAUUGAAGAUGAAGAGAAGGAAGACGCUUCUGCUGUAGUUAUCACUGAUAAGAAGCCCGAGGAGAUAGUGGCGGAGGCGGCGGUGGCGGGCGACGACGCGCCGCCGCCCGUCGCGUACACCGGCUCCACCACCAACGUGCACCCCUGGCUCUCCUCCAUGGUCAACUACGCGCAGCCCAUCAAGUUCCAGGGCUUUGAGGAGGCCGACAAGCGCAAUAUCUACCACAAUAUGUCCUCUUUCGCGGAAACAACAGGGAUGAACUACCUUAAGACCCAGGCCAUUGAUUUCGUCAACUAUAACAAGCGUCAGAUGUCCAGGAUCUACCCCAAGGGCACUAGGGCUGACUCUUCUAACUACAUGCCACAGGUGUUCUGGAACGCGGGAUGCCAGAUGGUGUCGUUGAACUUUCAAACGUCGGACCUGCCAAUGCAGCUGAACCAGGGCAAGUUCGAGUACAACGGUAACUGCGGCUACCUCCUGAAGCCAGACUUCAUGCGCCGCGCCGACCGCAGCUUCGACCCCUUCGCCGACGCGCCCGUCGACGGCGUCAUCGCUGCGCAGUGCUCCGUGCAGGUGAUCGCUGGUCAGUUUUUGUCAGACAAGAAGAUAGGCACCUACGUGGAGGUGGACAUGUACGGUCUACCAUCAGAUACCAUACGUAAAGAGUUCAGGACUCGCAUGGUGCCUGCCAACGGACUAAACCCGGUGUACAACGAGGAACCUUUCUUGUUCAGGAAGGUGGUCCUCCCAGACCUGGCCGUGCUCCGUUUCGGCGUGUAUGACGAGAACAGCAAACUCCUUGGACAACGUAUCCUGCCCCUGGACGGUCUGCAGGCUGGCUACCGUCAUAUCUCGCUCAGGACCGAGGCCAACUUCCCCAUGUCGUUGCCCAUGCUCUUCUGUAAUAUAGAGCUCAAGAUCUACGUGCCUGACGGCUUCGAAGACUUCAUGGCGGCGCUGUCCGACCCGCGCGCCUUCAUGGGCGCCGCCAAGGAGCGAAACGACAAGGUCAAGCAGAUGGGCAUCGAGGAGACAGGGCCUGAGAAGAAGGUGCAGCUCGAGGAGAAGAAAGAAGAACCUCCUCUAGUCUUCGAGCCUAUUACGGUAGAAUCCCUCCGCCAAGAGAAGGGAUUCGUGAAGACCGGGCGCAAGCAACAGAAGGAACUUGAAGCAAUGAGGAAACGUCACACCAAAGAGAAAAUGUCUUUGCAGAAGUCACAAUGCUCUGCUUUGGAGAAAAUGAUUAAAGGGAAGAACAAAGACCAGCUGAGCACCGACCAAGCGUUCCGCAAGCUCGUAAACGAGCAGGCUGGCGCGUGGAGUGAACUGGUGGCUAAGCAUCGCGUCGAGGAGUGGAGCAGUGCUCGCAGCCGCCUCAACGAGCAACGAGACCUGCUGAAGAAGAUGAUGGAACAGACGCAGCUCGCGCAGAUGAAGCAGCUGGAGGGCAAACAUGAAAGGGAACUCAAAGAGAUGAACGCUCGCCAAGCCAAGAUCAGCAUGGAGACGAGCAAGGAGGUGGCUAACGACAAGACUCUCAAAACCAAGCAAGAGAAGGAUCGACGGCUGCGCGAAAAGAAGCAAAACAACACCAAAAAGUUCAUGGACGAAAGGAAGACUCAAACCAUUAAACAGAAUCGCGAGAAGGAGAAGUUGAAGGUUAUUCACGACAAGCAGAUGGAAGAGCUCUCCAAGGAUAUCGAUAACCUGAUCGAGAUGUACAAGAUGGAGGAGUCCGAAUUCGACAUGACGAGUAAAUCAGAAUUCUUUGCAUGA